AUCCUGGAAAGGGAAACGUCAACGAAAAUGAGGUGGUGUUUUUGAACGUCUGGCAGCAAAACAGUCCUCCUGCGUACCUGUCCUGCUUCGGGGGACCACGAGAAGAGGUCCUUGUUCGAAGCCGCGCUUUUAGACGUAUUGUAACGGUGCUUGUGAGAGGCAUGACUGACUUUGCAGUUCUCAACACGGGGCGGAAGAUGCCCCUCCUUGGACUGGGGACGUGGAAGAGUGAACCAGGAAAGGUGAAACAAGCAGUUAUUUGGGCAUUGGAGGCUGGAUAUCGCCACAUCGACUGCGCAUCAAUCUAUGGCAACGAAGUGGAGAUUGGCGAAGGCCUGCAGGAGACCUUCGGCACCGGCAAGGUCCUGAGAAGAGAGGACGUGUUCGUCACAUCCAAGCUGUGGAACAACCAGCACCACCCAGAGGACGUGGAGCCGGCCCUCCUGAAAACCCUGAAGGACCUGAAGCUGGAGUACCUGGACCUCUACCUCAUCCACUGGCCCUACGCCUUUCAACAAGGAGACGCUCCCUUCCCUAAAAAGGAGGACGGCACCUUGCUGUACGACGACAUAGACUACAAGCUGACCUGGGCUUCCAUGGAGAAGCUGGUGGGGAAGGGCCUCGUCAGAUCUAUCGGCCUGUCCAACUUCAACAGCCGGCAGAUAGAUGACGUCCUGGCCGUGGCCAGCAUCAAACCCACGGUCCUGCAGGUAGAGAGUCACCCGUAUCUGGCUCAGGUGGAGCUGCUGGCCCACUGUCGGGACCGGGGCCUGGUGCUGACGGCCUACAGCCCUCUGGGCUCUCCUGACCGGGCCUGGAAACAUCCAGAUGAACCCGUCCUGCUUCAGGAGCCGGUGAUGACUACCCUGGCAGAGAAAUAUAAAAAGUCCCCGGCUCAGAUUAUUCUGAGGUGGCAGACGCAGCGAGGAGUGGUGACGAUCCCCAAGAGUGUGACGGAGUCCCGGAUCCAAGAGAACAUUCAGGUGUUUGACUUCACCCUUGAAGCGGAGGAAAUGAAGAGUAUUACGGCCCUGAGCAGAGGCUGGCGCUACAUCGUACCAAUGAUCCAAGUGGAGGGAGAACGAGUUCCCAGGGAUGCAGGACAUCCUCACUACCCAUUCAACGACCCCUACUGACGACUCUCACUGCAACCGGAAUUUGUGCCUUCAACAACACCCCCACAUCACUCAUACAUGUUCCUGGAGUUUGUCUUUUAGAUCAUGUCAAAACCUGCUCUUUUAAUUCAGAUUUCAAGUUAUCGUUGGUGAUGAAGAUGGGAAAAUCAGUUAUGACUGUAUACAUACUACGUACGUGUUAUUUUCUAAAUAAACAUUUUGUUACUUCA